AUGGCAGCCUCCAAGACCCUCCGGAUCGGCCUCAUUGCAGGCGAUGGUAUCGGCCGCGAGGUCAUUCCCGCUGGCCGUCGUCUGCUCGAAGCUCUCCCAGCAUCGCUCGGACUGAAGUUCUCCUUUGUCGACCUGGACGCUGGUUUCGAGACAUUCAAGCAGACGGGCGUGGCAUUGCCGGACAAGACCGUCGAGACACUGAAGAAGGAGUGCGAUGGAGCUCUCUUCGGUGCCGUGAGCUCCCCCACAACCCCAACCAAAGGCUACUCCUCCCCUAUCGUCGCCCUCCGCAAAAAACUCGACCUCUACGCCAACGUCCGACCCGUGAAAUCCGUCGCUCCCUCCGCCGCCUUCCCCGACCCCAUCGACCUCGUCAUCGUACGCGAAAACACCGAGGACCUAUACGUCAAAGAGGAGAAGACGUACGACACGCCUCAAGGCAAAGUCGCCGAGGCGAUCAAGCGGAUUUCUGAACGGGCAUCGUCCCGUAUUGCCACAAUGGCGGGAGAGAUUGCGUUGCGGAGGCAGAAAAUUCGGCAGUCGACGGGCGUGGACGGGAAGAGUAUGGUAACCAUCACGCACAAGUCGAAUGUGCUGUCGCAGACGGAUGGAUUGUUUCGACAAGUCGCCCGCCGCGCGUUGGAGGAGAAGAGGUUCGUUGACGGAGGUGUCGUGAUCGAUGAGCAAAUCGUCGACUCAAUGGUGUAUAAACUCUUCCGCGAACCGUCUACGUACGAUGUCAUCGUCGCUCCCAACCUUUACGGCGACAUCCUCUCCGACGGUGCGGCCGCUUUGGUUGGUUCGCUCGGUCUCGUGCCCUCUGCGAAUGUGGGAGAUGGUUUCGCGAUCGGCGAGCCGUGCCACGGUUCCGCGCCGGAUAUUCAGGGCAAGGGCAUCGCGAAUCCGAUCGCGACGUUGAGGAGCGUGGCGUUGAUGUUGGAGUUCUUGGAGCAGGAAGAGGCCGCGGCGGUGAUCUACAAGGCUGUGGAUGCAAAUUUGUUGGAAGGCAAGUUGUUGUCACCGGAUAUGGGAGGCAGCGCGAAGACGGAGGAGGUGUUGCAGGAUAUCAUUCGGAGGUUGUAG